ACCAACCCACCAUGUCAUUAAGAGCAGUAGCAAUGUAUCAAGGUGCCAGUAGUAUGACAUAGUUCGAUUCUUGCAAAUCCCGUCUCAAAUCCACGUAUCAUUUUGCUCUCGUACCUCAAUCCGGUGGACGUUGCCUACGUGGAAUACAUUGUACUUUAAAGCGCUAUCGUUAUCCAGAUGUCUGUAGGCUGUCUGAGGUGGGUGCUGGGUCAUGCUGUCAGGGUGUGUGUCGGCAGUGUCAACCCCUGGAGACCAACAUCGGUUCUACUGAGUGGCAGUGGUAGAUGCACUUCUGCACUCAAUUGGAGAUGGGUUCAAUUCGCUCCUUUAACAACCACGGUUGAUGAAACUGGAGAAGAACCGCUGCCCAAAAAGAAAAAGCAAGACUCCAGAGCCCGUGCUUCCAUAAGCAGUGUUGGACGGAAGAUCCACCAGCGCCACCUGCAGGUGAUCAGCGAGAUGGGCGAGAACCUCGGCACCAUGCACCGAGCAGACGUCCUAAGACUCAUGGACGAGCGAGGGCUAAAGCUGGUGCCGCUCAACGAAAACAAAGACCCACCCGUGUACCGCCUUAUGAGUGGUAAACAGAUCCACGAGGAGCAACUCAAGCUGCGUGAGAAGCAGAAAGCCAAGGGAGCCCCAGUGGAGGUGAAAGAAGUCCUCUUUUCAUCGGACAUCGCUGCACAUGACCUCUUGACCAAACUGAACCACGUGCGGAGCUGGCUGAACAAGAAGAACCACGUUAAAAUAACUCUGAGAUCAGGACGCGUUCAGCAAACACAGCCACUGGACACAGCCCUGGAGCACAUGGUGCAACAAAUAGAAGCAACAGUCGGGUUCGUCUCCAGGCCCAAAGUCAUUCGUGAUGGCAAAUCCGCCAUGUGUAUCCUUCGUCCACCUUCUGCUAAAGAGCUGUUGGAGGAGAAGAACAAACCAACUGUGGCACAGCCCGGCGUCCCCGAGUCACAGCCUCUGAAGCCCACAAUGCCAUCGCCUGACAGUCCAAAAGACUCCCAAGACUGAACCAGGGCAGCGACCGAAAUAAAGCAUUUUCUAUUGAAAA